AUGGCAGACUCCAGCUUGACGAUAGCUCAGCAGGAGUUCCGCAAAUCGGUUCGCUUAUUUGCCCGCGAGCACCUUUCUACCGCUCGAGACACUUACUCCCUAGCAACAUCUGCGUCGCAAUGGCAGGAACGCUUCCGGUCAACAAAGCCCAUCUACCAAGCCGCUGUUGCUGCUGGACUGCUCAAAGCGCAGAUCCCAGCACCUUUAGGUGGCACCUCGGCCGGUUUCGUUGACAUGGCCCUCAUGGUUGAGGAGCUGUACUCUGUCGACACUAGUGCUAGCUUGACCAUCCUCGGUACCGGUCUCGGCCUCACACCCCUGAUUUUUGGCGGCACUCCAGAGCUACAGAAGAAGUUCCUCGCUCCUUUUUUGUCGGGCGAGGGUGCACCACUGGCCAGCCUGGUCUUCUCAGAGCCAUGGGGAAGCGCAAACUUCGCGGAUGACUCUGGCGAGGGGUUCCGCACCACGGCGAUCUGGGCUACUAACUGCUCCGGCUGGGAUGAUCGCGGCGCUGACCUACACUGUGUCGUCUGCCGAAUCCCGAGUUCUCCACGUGGCGUUCGCUCAGAAGUCGCACUGCUGCUUGUCACUCGCGACGACAUCGCCGCCAACGAGCCCCAAGCCUACACCGUCAUCGAGCAUCCACCUACACUAGGCCACACGGCCGUCAACGGCGCUCACGUUCGCUUCACCGAUCUUCGCGUCCCCAAAGCAAAUCUGCUUGCUCCUCCCGGUGCUGGGGCCAGCAUUGUCGAGGCCACAUUCACCGGUUCGGGCGCCCUUGUCGGCGCCAUGGCUGUUGGAAUCAUGCGUCAAACAUUCGCGGCUGCACUGAAUUGGGCGAAGACCGAGAAGCGCGGCAGCAACGAGUAUAUGAUCGAGAAGCAAUCCGUGGCUGAUCUCCUGGUGCAGAUCAAAACGCGCCUAGAGGCGUCACGGUCGUUGUGUCGACGAGCAGCCGCUGCUUUUCCGCAUGCCAAGCUGGGUGCAGAGCUAUGCUAUCAGAGCAAGAUCUUCUGUUCGGAAGCUGCAGUGGCAAGCGUGCAGGAUGCCAUCAAUCUGGUCGGUGUUAGUGCCUACAGGAGAGAUCUGCCGUUCGCGGGUCUGUUGGAAGAUGCAAUGGUGCUUCCGAUCUUUGAUGGAGGCAACGUAGGAGUCAGAAGGCGCCAGAUCGAGGCCUUGAUGAAGCAAGAGGACUAUGAUGGGUUGGAAGAUUGA